AUGAUUGCAAUAGUAUAAACUCCAAGUACAGUGAAUUCAAAUAGACAAAGUAAAACAGUAACUUAUUGAUUGCACCCUAAUUAGCCUGGAGAAUAUAACCACUUCAGGAGAAUACUAAAAACAAGGCAGAGAUUCCCAUCAAGUUCCGAUUGUAAAUUCAGGAAAUCUGAAACUGCUCCAUUAAAAAAACAAAGUGCUAAUUAAGUGUUGGAGAAGAAAGUGCUUCAAACUUUGUAAGAUAGGCCCAAGACUCAAACAGAUAUACCUGAAAGACCUCCGGAAUAUUAUAACUUGUUCAAUUUACCCUACAAGAACUACAAAUAUUAGAGACCUCCUGGAUAAAUUAAUGUGGAGGAGUAUUUAGAAGGAACCUAUAAAUUGGGGAAAAUUAUUGGAAUAUGGGAUAAAAAUUUAUUGCAUAACAAAUUGAAUGUGAAUAAGUAUCUCUUAAUUUUCAUGACUUUAGUCUUCAAAUCAAAAGGAGCAAUUAUACUUCGGAUCAUCUCAUUAAGGCAAGAAAACCCUAAGGUCCUUCGAGUUGUUUAGAAACUAUAUAUAUUGCUAAGCUUCAAUUGGAUAAUGAGCAAUCUGAAGAAACAUUAAUUAAAAUGAAGUCCAUGGAAGACAAUCUAAAACAAGAUAUUCAGAGGUACAUUGUUGAAGGAUCAGCACAUCCACUGUAAAUCAAAUUUCCAUCACAAUCAUACAUUUUGAACAGAUGGACAAGACAAUCAAUCGGUUAAGAAUAACCACAAUGCUCAAAAUGUGAAUUGAUCCCCAAAUUCACUUUUCAAAAGAAUUAGGUUAACAAUAGUGUGGAAUCAUUCAAAAGAUCAAUGAUUCAAUUUCAGUCAUAGGACACUUCUUCAUAAAUUACAGAACUACCAUAACCAAUGAAAUUUUAUAAAUUUGAGUAAAGUCUUAUUAUUGAUAGAGCAGUCCGAAAAUUAAUUCAAUUUUGCAUCUCUACAAAACCAAAGGAAUGACAAUAUUCUGCUUAAAAGAGAGUUUCGUGUGUUUAAAGAAACCAAUAAUAGGAGAUAGACUUUUAUUGAGUUUUGAUUUGAGUCCUCAGAACAAUGAUGAUAAGGUCUCAUAUAAGUAAUUUUGUCACUUCAUCCGAGUCUUUAUUCACAAGAAGGCAAAUUUGAAGGAAAUGAUAGACAGUGUGUUGAAUGUAAGUAAAUUAAAUAGCACUAAUAGUUUUAUGAUCCGGAGAAAUAACAAAAAGUUACAAAUAGAGAGUUUAUUAAUAUAAAUAGAAUACUUUGUGAGUAAUUCAAAGAGAAACAUCCCACAGUUAAACCAAUUUAUUAAGAGUUGAUCUAAAACUUUAAGUUGUCGAAAGUAAUAAGUGAUGAAAAUGAUACUUAUUUUGAUUAAUAGGCAUUUAAACAUGUUUUCAUAUCAAAUUAAAUGCACAUCUAGGAUAUUAUAGAUUUGAUUAGUGAUGAGUGA